AUGGGGAUUUCAUGGAGCAGCAACAAGAGGAGGACCAGCAAUUACUAUCACAAUCCUUACCACCACCCACAUCCUCACCUCAUUGCUUCGUCUUCUUCCUCUUCUUCUUACUCUUAUGCCUCCGAGUCCUACCCUUACCCUGCGCCCACUCCAUAUGCUUAUCCUGCGCAACCCCUUCCCCCGCCGCCGGUGCCUCCAAUUUGUCCUUCUCACUACUACUACGGUGGGUACAGUGCGUGCAAUUACGCAAACCCUACUAUUAAUCGGCCACCGGGGUACGUAGAUCACCAGGAGGCCAAAAAGGUGAGGAAUGAUGUGAAUGUGCAUAAGGAUUCUCUGCGGCUGUUGGCUGAUUCGCAGAACCCUGAUCAUUAUCUGGUCUCGUUUGAUUUCGAUGCGUUGUUUGAUGGGAGGUAA